AUGGCGGUUGUUUACUUAGCAGUUCACAGCGUCGUUUGAGAUAUUUAAAGUUAAUUAUUGUUAUAAUUCAAGAAAUGGUGCAAACUUGUGUAGUACGUGGUUGCGACAGUAGUUGGUGUCCAGGAGGUGAUAUAAGAUUUCACACACAAUAAGUGCAUUACAUGAAGAGUCUAUUGUGCAAAUAGCUGCUCUGGCUGUACCAAGCACUAGUUCUGGCAUUUAUGAAAGUAGUUCUGCACUUAAGGAAACAGAAGUGAAAUGUACUGGCUGUAAUAUUGAAGACCAAACUAGUAAAAAACAAUGUCGAAAAAUUCUUGAAAAUUUGUGCAAUCUUAACAAAUUACCUGUAAGUGUCCUUUUCCUUUAUUACUAAAUACAUACCUUUUAUUUAUUAUGACUUUAAUAUUACAUUACAUAAUGUAUUAUAUAGUUUAAAACACAUACAUAUUUAAACUCUUUAGUGCCAAUCGCAGUGUGGUAAUAGUUACUACGACACUAAGCAUAAAGCUUCUUGUUUGAUGCUUCAUUUAUGCGUGCUCACGAAGGCGCACUCCGGUGUAUUAUAUGUUACCUAUUAAGUGAUGUAAAUUUGUACUGACAUUAUGAUGUAGAAGAGUUAUUUGUUUCUUUUUUUUGUUAGAGUUCUCUAAUCUCUUUUUUUUUUUUUUUUUUUUUGCUGUGGCAACCCUGGUUAUAAGUUGUAAAAAUAAUUGGUCCCGAUAAAUUUUAAUAAUUUAAAUAUUGUAAAUUCACCAUAUCCACCUCAAUUUUAUGUUAUAGCUAAUAAUUACUGCCGCUUUGUAUUUAAUGUUUAAGAAAGUUGGUACAUAAAUAUUAUAACAACAAUUUGGUGUUGGAACAAAAAGUGACAGGUAACGAACAUUGUUUUAAAAAUUAUUGUAAUCCUUAUUUCAUAUCAUUCCUUUUAUAAAUUAAAGAUUUAUUCUAUUACUCGGGUUAUUACAUUCUUUGCGGGUUUCUUUUCGAAUUGUUUUAACGAUAAUUUGAUUUGAGACUUGUAAAUAGAAAAAAAAACAACAACUUUACAUUAGCUUACUCUGCUCCUUCUGUUUUCGAUCUUUGUUUUCUUUUAUUAUUUAUAAUAAAUAGUAAAAUGAAUACUCGCACCGCCAAGACGCGCCAGAUGGAGAACCAACUCCAGCUUGCGCUCCAAGAACUUAAGGCGUCCAGGGAGCAGUGUGAACUGUUGCAUAAGGAAAGGGAUGAUAAUGAAAGGGAAAUAGUUAGCAUAAUUGCCAAAAAUACACAAUUGAAAUGUGAUAUGGUUAAGCUACAUACAGAAUACACAAGUGUUAUAAAAGAAAGAGAUCAGCUACAGGGAACGGUUAAUGAGUUUGAUCAAUGCAGCAAGGAAUAUGAGGAAGCUCUCAGGUUAAUUGCAGGGAUGGAAAAAAUCAUGAUUUUUUUAAUUUUAAUCAAAUCAUGCUGAUUUUUUUAAUAAAUCAUGAUUUUUUUGAUUUUUUUUGAAUUUUUUGAUUUUUUUGUAUAUUUGGAAAUACACGAGUUGGUAACAUUUUUUAACUUAGUAGGAUUAAAAGUUUAUGAAUACACUAGCUGUUCCUCGCGACUUCGCCUGCGUGUUAUUUGGGGUUUUAGUUUUUUUGCACGGAACCCUAAUUCUUUUUCUAAAAUUAAAGUAGCCUAGGUUACUCCUUAUGACAUCAGCUAUCUGCCAGUGAAAGUCCCGUCGAAAUCUGUCCAGCCGUUUCAAAGAUUAGCCGGAACAAACAGACAGACAAAAAUUAAAAAAAAAUGUAUUUUUGUUAUACGUAUCAUAUAUACUUUCAUAUGCAUUUAGUAAAAAGCCGUAAUUUUGACAUUACGAACAGACACUUCAAUUUUAUUUAUUUGUAUAGAUAUGUAUGAGACUGAUUAAGAGUAAAAUAAUUAAUACAUACUGUAUUAAUUACAGUUCAUAUACAUAUUAAGAGUGAAUUUCU